AUGGCGCAUAGGGCGCCGAGCGGGCGGGCCCCGGCUGCGGCUCCGGCUCCGUCCCGGCGGCUGGCGCGGAGGGUCCUCGUCCUCUUCACGCUGUCGCUCUCCUGCUCCUACCUCUGCUACAGCCUCCUCUGCUGCUGCGGCGGCCCCGCCGCGCCCCGCGCCCGCUGCGCGCCCGCCCGCAGCGCCGCCGCCGCCAAGAAACUUCUGCAGAAGUCGCGGCCGUGCGGGCGGCCGCCCCCCGCCGAGCCCCCGGGCAGCGCCGCGCCCGCCCGCCGCCCCCGGGAGCCCCCCGCGCCGCCGGCCCGCGGCCCGCCGGGGCAGGCCCGCCCGGGCGCCAAGCGCCUGCCGCAGGCCAUCGUGGUGGGCGUGAAGAAGGGCGGCACCCGCGCCGUGCUGGAGUUCAUCCGGGUGCACCCCGACGUGCGCGCCCUGGGCACCGAGCCCCACUUCUUCGACCGGAACUACGACCGCGGGCUGGAGUGGUACAGGAGCCUGAUGCCGCGAACACUCGACAGCCAGAUCACAGUGGAGAAGACCCCCAGCUACUUUGUCACCAAGGAGGCACCACGGCGAAUCUUCAACAUGUCCCGAGACACGAAGCUGAUCGUGGUGGUGAGGAAUCCGGUCACCCGGGCCAUCUCAGACUACACGCAGACGCUCUCCAAGAAGCCAGACAUCCCCACCUUCGAGGGGCUGUCCUUCCGCAACCGCAGCCUGGGGCUGGUGGACACAUCCUGGAACGCCAUCCGCAUCGGGAUGUACGCCGUGCACCUGGAGAGCUGGCUCCAGUACUUCCCCCUCUCCCAGAUCCACUUUGUCAGUGGGGAGAAGCUGAUCACAGACCCAGCCGGGGAAAUGGGCAAAGUCCAGGACUUCCUGGGCAUCAAACGGGUUAUCACGGACAAGCACUUCUACUUUAACAAGACAAAAGGCUUUCCUUGCCUGAAAAAGUCGGAGAGCAGCGGCUUGCCUCGCUGCCUGGGCAAGUCCAAAGGCAGGACUCAUGUGCAGAUAGACCCCGAGGUGAUAGAGCAGCUUCGGGACUUUUAUAGACCUUAUAAUAUCAAAUUCUAUGAAACAGUCGGGCAGGACUUCAGGUGGGAAUAA